AUGAAAAUCCAUGCCGAGUUCUACCCGAGCAAGAGAAGUACAUGUCGUGGAAUGUCACAGCACCUGACUGAUGCCGAAGGCAAAAUAACAAGACGCUAUGACCCUGUUGUCAGUGGACGGUUCUCAGGGAUUGUCAUGAUGUCGGAUAGAUCUCCAACUGAACCUGAAGACAUCGUGGAAAUGCAGACAUUGAAUACGGCUCCGCAGCCAGUCUCGACGCCACAGACGCCGGCUGUCCUGCUCAACGCAAACGAUCCCAAUGAUGAAGAGGAGGAAGAAGAAGGUGAGGAAGUGCCUCCACUAGAGCCCUUCGUCUACAGGGAUGAGGCUGAUGAGUCGAAGAAGGAUGAUGAGGAAAAGGAUGGUGGUGACUCUGCAAGUAAAGAAGAUGCGGACGUUAACAUGAACGAUUCGGGGGAUGGGCAGACGUCAGUGUAG